CACUCAACAACGUAAUUCAUCUCUAUAUUAUACUCUGUUUUGCUCUCUUCUGUUCAUUCUCAAACUCAACUAAUUAAAAACGAAGUUGGAGAGAUGAAUUUCAAGCGUAUAUCUCUCGGGUUUGUGACGCUGUGGUGUUUGUUGUGGCCGAUUGUGAGCCAGCCGCCGAGGCCGGAUGGAUUCUGGUACGACGAGGAGGCGGAGGUGGAGAAGGCGUUGUUGAUUGAAGCGUUUUUCGACCCGGUUUGCCCCGACAGCCGCGACUCGUGGCCGCCGCUCAAGCAAGUCGUCCAGGAGUUCGCCUCUCGCGUUAGGCUCGUUGUCCACACCUUUCCUCUACCUUACCAUGACAACGCAUUUGCCACUUCUCGGGCGCUGCACAUAACUAAUAGGUUGAAGAACACUUCGGCAACAUACCAUCUACUAGAAGCAUUUUUCAACCAUCAGGAACAAUUUUAUGGGAAGGCAACAUUUAACAAGUCUAGAUCAGUUGUGACGGACCAUAUAGUGGAGUUCACGGCAAAUGAACUUGGUUCAUCGUAUCGUUCUGCGAUCAAAUCUGGCUUCAACGAAACCAACACGGAUCUUGCAACAAGAUAUGCUUUCAAGUAUGGUUGCAUACGAGGAGUUUACGGGACACCGUUCUUCUUCGUGAACGGGUUCCCGUUGCCCGAUGCAGGAUCACCUCUCAACUAUAUAGGAUGGAGAAAAGUGUUGGAUCCUUUACUCAGAUAGUAAUGCCUACAAAUGCUCCAAAUUUGUAUUGCAGAUUUUAUUUGGCUUACUUACAAUCUAUAUGUCGUAUUACACAUUUAAUAACACUAAUAUUGUGAGUACUAAAUAACAUAGGGUCAAAUAAAUCUUUCAUCUUUUACCACACAA